AGGCACCGAGGCAUUUGUCGUUUCCUAUCCGGCUCGGCGCUCCCGGCCCUGGCUGGGCAGGGCAGAGUGCCCCUGGGGAGGGGCGGAGCUGUAGAUAUGGCAUAAGAUAUUUCUUCAAGAUUGGACAACUGGUGACCUGCUAUUUCUGAUAGCCUUAAGCUGACUUUAUAGCCAUAGAGAAACCUCACGGAAUUGCAUUGUUGUUUUCUGCUUUAUACUAUUUCUGGCACUUAAGUUCACCCUGCAACCAUGUAUGGAAGUGCUCGAUCAGUAGGGAAAGUGGAACCAAGCAGCCAGAGUCCUGGGCGAUCACCUCGGCUUCCUCGGUCCCCUCGCUUAGGUCAUCGGCGAACAAAUAGUACAGGAGGAAGUUCUGGAAACAGUGUUGGAGGUGGCAGUGGAAAAACCCUUUCAAUGGAGAAUAUACAGUCCUUAAAUGCUGCCUAUGCUACAUCUGGCCCUAUGUACCUAAGUGACCAUGAAAAUGUGGGUGCAGAAACACCUAAAAGCACCAUGACGCUUGGCCGUUCUGGAGGACGCCUGCCUUACGGUGUUAGGAUGACUGCUAUGGGCAGCAGCCCCAACAUAGCAAGCAGUGGGGUUGCUAGUGAUACCAUAGCAUUUGGAGAACAUCACCUCCCUCCUGUUAGUAUGGCAUCCACUGUACCUCACUCUCUUCGUCAGGCAAGAGAUAACACCAUCAUGGAUCUGCAGACACAGCUGAAGGAAGUAUUACGAGAAAAUGAUCUUUUGAGGAAAGAUGUGGAAGUAAAGGAGAGCAAAUUAAGUUCUUCAAUGAAUAGCAUCAAGACCUUCUGGAGCCCAGAACUGAAGAAAGAGCGGGCCUUGAGAAAAGAUGAAGCUUCUAAAAUCACCAUUUGGAAGGAGCAGUACCGAGUUGUGCAGGAAGAAAACCAGCACAUGCAGAUGACAAUCCAGGCUCUCCAGGAUGAGCUUCGGAUUCAGAGGGACUUGAAUCAGCUUUUUCAGCAAGAUAGCAGCAGUAGGACUGGGGAGCCUUGUGUGGCUGAGCUCACAGAGGAGAACUUCCAGAGGCUGCAUGCUGAGCACGAGAGGCAAGCCAAAGAGCUGUUUCUUCUGCGGAAGACCCUGGAGGAAAUGGAGCUGAGGAUUGAGACUCAGAAGCAAACCCUAAAUGCUCGGGAUGAGUCCAUAAAGAAGCUUCUGGAGAUGCUACAGAGCAAAGGACUUUCUGCCAAAGCUACAGAGGAAGACCAUGAGAGAACGAGACGGCUGGCAGAGGCAGAGAUGCAUGUCCAUCACCUAGAGAGUCUUUUGGAACAGAAGGAAAAAGAGAAUAAUAUGUUGAGAGAGGAGAUGCACCGGAGAUUUGAGAAUGCCCCUGAUUCUGCCAAGACAAAAGCCUUGCAAACUGUUAUUGAAAUGAAGGAUUCAAAAAUUUCUUCCAUGGAGCGUGGGCUCCGAGACCUGGAGGAAGAAAUUCAGAUGCUGAAAUCAAAUGGAGCUUUGAGUACUGAAGAGCGGGAGGAAGAGAUGAAACAAAUGGAGGUGUACAGGAGCCACUCUAAAUUUAUGAAAAAUAAGGUAGAACAACUGAAGGAGGAGCUAAGUUCGAAAGAUGCUCAAGGGGAGGAGCUGAAAAAGAGAGCGGCUGGUCUUCAGUCUGAGGUCUUUGCAAUUGGCCAGGUGAAACAGGAAUUGUCCAGAAAGGACACAGAAUUACUAGCCUUACAGACAAAGCUAGAAACUCUCACAAACCAAUUCUCAGACAGUAAGCAACAUAUUGAGGUGCUGAAGGAGUCCCUCACUGCUAAGGAACAAAGGGCUGCCAUCCUGCAGACUGAGGUGGAUGCUCUUCGAUUGCGAUUGGAAGAAAAGGAGACUAUGCUGAAUAAAAAAACCAAACAAAUUCAAGAUAUGGCUGAGGAGAAGGGCACACAAGCUGGAGAGAUACACGACCUCAAGGAUAUGCUGGACGUGAAGGAGCGGAAGGUCAAUGUUCUCCAGAAGAAGAUAGAAAAUCUUCAGGAACAACUAAGAGAUAAAGAGAAGCAGAUGAGCAGCUUGAAAGAACGAGUCAAAUCUCUCCAGGCGGAUACCACUAACACGGACACAGCGCUGACAACUCUGGAGGAGGCUCUUGCAGAUAAAGAGCGGACAAUUGAACGCUUAAAGGAGCAGCGGGACAGAGAUGAGCGAGAGAAGCAAGAGGAGAUUGAUACCUACAAAAAAGAUCUUAAAGACUUGAAAGAAAAAGUCAGCCUAUUGCAAGGAGACCUCUCAGAGAAGGAGACUUCUCUCUUGGAUCUCAAAGAGCAUGCUUCUUCCCUGGCUUCCUCAGGACUAAAAAAGGACUCACGGCUCAAGACCCUAGAAAUUGCUCUCGAGCAGAAAAAGGAAGAGUGCCUAAAAAUGGAGUCACAAUUGAAAAAGGCACAUGAGGCAACAUUGGAAGCCAGAGCCAGUCCAGAGAUGAGUGACCGAAUACAGCAAUUGGAGAGAGAGAUUGCCAGGUAUAAAGAUGAAUCCAGCAAGGCCCAAACAGAAGUUGACCGUCUCUUAGAAAUCUUGAAAGAGGUGGAAAAUGAGAAGAAUGACAAAGAUAAGAAGAUAGCUGAGUUGGAAAGGCAAGUGAAAGACCAGAAUAAGAAGGUAGCAAAUCUGAAGCACAAGGAACAGGUGGAGAAGAAGAAGAGUGCACAGAUGCUGGAGGAGGCCCGGAGACGGGAGGACAGUCUCAGUGACAGCUCUCAGCAACUGCAG